AUGGACAUGGGUGAAGCCCAAGUAAAUCCGAUCAUGGACAAGUUCGUUAACGUUCUUGGACCGGAGGGAAUCCUUUCUCUGGCCAACUUCACUGUAUCGGUGAUCAAGUCCCUCUGGUCCAUCGUCGAUGAUGCAUUGAACGCCGCUUGGCUGGAAGGACGUGGCCGGAAGUCGACCACAAGCCCUAAGGACUGUCUGUUCAUGACUCUCACGUCGAUUGAGCUUGUUCUGUCCAACAAGUUCAUCGUGUGCCCAUCCAUGGCGACCUUGAAUGAGACCGGCUGUCGUUUCACUAACCACGCGUACGCCAGCUAUGCCGUGGAGAAACACUACUUCAGUGGCAAGCAUCACCUGUAUGACAACAAGAUUGAAACCGCCGUCUCUCCCCAUGGCCGCUGUGUGUCCAUGUCCUACGUGCAUCCUGGUUCGGUCCACGAUCUGACCAUCAUGCAUACUCGACGAGAUGUGCACAAGGCCAACUUAACGAAGACACCCCGUGAAGGUGCCUUGCCGGACAACGGGGAGUUGUCGACCGACUUCCCGACAUAUUGCGCAUGCCUUGUGGACAUGGGCUACAGCGGAGGUUGCACAUGA